AUGGCUGCUACUACCGAGCACAGUGAGCAGUUGAGCGAGAAGCACGAUGGUCUCAACGGCAACUUUGACCCUGAGGCCCAGCGUGGCGAGGCAUUGAGCCAGUUCCGAACAGCACAGAGUGUUCAGAUGAGCCCUGAGCUAUUCGAGAAGCUGUACCUUUCGCCUAUGAACAAGGUCAAGGGUGAUCUUCGACAGAAGUUUGCCAACCCGACACCAAUUGCUCUUGUUGGCUUCUUGCUUGCCUUUACGCCCCUGACUUGCGAUCUCAUGGGCUGGCGAGGUGCCGGCGGCAGUGGUGCCGCUUCAAACGCCGUGUACAUGUUUAUGGGCGGCCUUCUCAUGAUUAUCGGCGGUGUUCUCGAAUGGGUUCUCGGCAACAGUUUCCCAGCUUGUGUCUUUUGCUCCUUCGGUGGUUUCUGGUUUUCUUAUGGCGGAACUCUCAUCCCAGCCUUUGGUACAUAUGCUGCAUAUGCUCCCGCCGAUGCCAAAUCCUCCGCCGAAGGCCUUGCUACCCAAGGUUUCAAUGCUAGUCUUGGCUUCUGGCUCCUGUUCAUGGGUGUCUUGUCGUUCAUCUUCUUCCUGUGCGCCCUCCGAACUAACGUUGUAUUUGUCAUGAUCUUCUUCAGCUUGACAUUCUGCUUCCUGCUCAUCACUGCUGCGUUCUGGGCUCUUGCUGAGGACUUCACUGGCAAUGCUCUUCUCGCACAGAAGCUUCUCAAGGCUGGUGGUGCAUUUGGGUUCGUCACAUGCAUGUCAGGCUGGUACAUCCUCAUCGCUGUCCUCUUCGCCAUCGUCGAUUUCCCUAUCCAAAUCCCCGUCGGCGACCUGUCCACUGUCAUCAAGGGACACAGCGAGAAGGCCCGUCGCGCAUAG